ACAGUUUGUUUCCACUGGAAACCAGGACGCGGAGGGAAUCCUUGAAGGGGAUUAAUUGCGGACACACGCCGUAAAGCUCGCCGCAGCCGCCAAUGGCAGCUCGGAGGACGGGGUUUCCCGCGCCGCCGUCCGCCCAGCGCGAGCAUUAAAAGCCGCGUCCGUCCUGCGGGGCAGACAACAGGUGCACGGAUCCGCCUCCUCUCACGGGCUGCGGGACGAGGUAGAGCCACGAUACCCGGCACAACUGGACGUUCAGAAGCUGCUGGACAUUAUGACAGACGUGUGGGGAGAUUCUGCAGCAAAGAGGAGAUGCUUCAAGGUAAGAGAACAGCGACAAAACGCUGCCCAUCGCGUGUCGUACAAACGCUUCAGGAGGCGGAUCAUCCGCAGGGGGAGCGGAGAGGCGCCUGUUGCGAGCACCCCGGUGGCCGCUGGGUGGCGGUGUGGUUCCGGCUUCGAGUCGGACCCCGUCUGUCAGAGACUGGAGCUGGAUUCUCCACCCAGACACGUGGGAACAACACACUCAGCCCUGCAGGGAAACCUUGAAGAGACAGCGUUGGCAGCAGGCGCGUCCCACCGUGGGGCCGUUACACCACUGAAAACCCUACGCAGCCACUCAGCCGAGGGAAAACCUGACUCAGAAAAUGACCCCAAGCCGGGAUGGGUGUGGAGAGCUGGAGCUCAGGCAGGCUCUGAUGAAAGAACAGGCCAUUUGCCCUUUGACCUCCUGGACGAAGCCCCUGUGGGUGUGCAGGGGAAGCUGGUGAGGAGGUUGGCAGCUCCAUCGCUGCUCGACGACUACUACACCAACCUUCUGGACUGCAGUUGUAGCGGUAUCACUGCAUUAGCUCUGGGCCCGUGCGUUUACCUGUGGGAUUCAGAAGCUUCUACUCUGGUGGCGUCUUUGGGCCCGACUCCUCCAGCAGGACCACAUUCGGUGUCGUCUCUGCGCUGGAGCCCGGACGGCCGGCUUCUCUGCGUUGGAACGAGGCGAGGGGAGAUACAGGUACAGUUGUGGGAUGUUGAACAAAAGCGGCGUGUGAGGUGCCUGCCGUCACACCUGUCUGUGGUCACAGCUCUGUCUUGGAAACAGCAGUUACUGAGCAGCGGCUCCGCUCUGGGACACAUCCUCCACCUUGACGUCCGGGCUCCUCCGGCUCCCGUGGGCGCCGGCGUCCAGGAGGAGGGCGUGUGCAGCCUGCAGUGGUCCCCGGGGGGCGAGCGCCUGGCCAGCGGCUCCCCAGACGGCCUCCUCAGCAUAUGGGACGGUGACGUAGCGGGACCCAGGUCCCAUCAGCCCGUGUGUUCAAUGAGGCAGCCCAGCGCCGUCAAGGCUGUGGGAUGGUGUCCGUGGCAGAGGAAGCUGCUCGCCACAGGGGGGGGGUGGAAGGAUGGAGCGCUCCGGGUGUGGGACUCACAAACAGGCACCUGCGUGACCUCCGUCCACACAGACUCACAGAUCUGUUCCCUACGAUGGGCCGAGAGGAAGGAAUGGCUGGUCACCGCUCACGGUCUUCCUCAUCACCAAGUCGCACUGUGGGACUUUCCCUCCCUCGACACGAGUCACCGGCUCACGGGGCACUGUCAGCGAGUUCUGCACGUGGCCCUAAAUCCUGAUGAAACCCAGAUAUUCUCUGCUGGAGCGGAUCAGCGCCUUCACAUCUGGGACCUUUGAUUUCCAACAUUUAUCAGCACAGAGGACGUUUACUUACUGCUGGUUUCUGUAGGUCUUCUGUUAUAUUCACCAGCUAUUUCAUGCUGACUCAUUCAUGUCCUGAGCUUCACAGAACAUGAAACUAUGAAUAAAACGAGAACAAAACCAAGUCAUAGUUUCUAUUCUCAUCAUGGGUGAAGCAGAUGAGGAGACAUUCUCUGAUUGAAUCUGCACAUACUGUAAUAAACAAUAGAAAUCUCUAAAAUAUGA